AUGAUCCGAACAUCUAGAGAAGUAUUAGUGACAAGUGACAAUUCUGGUGAUAUAUGGAGCGCAUCAGUUUGGGACCCGUCAACCGGUUCGCUGUUGAUGACAUACAGGAAUCCUUCUGUUAUAAAACAUCACUGCGUUGAUAUUCUCGGCGAGAGUUAUAUGUUAGCAGCAGAUGUUGAAAAAUCACGUUUGUAUUUUUGGGCAUUGAACAGCCAGAUUCCUGUUUCCAGUCUAUCAUCAUCGACACCAGGUAAAGUUUCAGCGCUGGCCUGUGCUCCAAACGGACACUAUGUUGUCGCAGCGACUAACGAAAAUAUACACGUUUGGCAAACGUCGACUGGAAAAUUACUGAGAACAUUUUCGAGUCAUUACCAAGCAGUAACUUGUUUAACUUUUAGCUCCGACAGCUCGCGUUUUUGCAGUGGUGGUGAAGACAGUCUGGUGUUCUUAUGGGGACUGACGAGUGUGAUGGAUGAUAAAAAACAUGCUACUCAUAUUCAUAAAUUCACACAUCAUACGGGUCCAGUCAAGGACCUUUAUCUGGGAAAUUUUGGACAGCAAGCACGUCUCGUAACAGUGUCCUUAGACAGGACGGCAAGAAUUUACGACACCUGUGUUGGAACUCUGCUGCUAACACUAAUUUUUGACGCUCCACUCACUUCAGUUUGCAUGGAUGUAAUUGAGUGCAAUUUAUUUGUCGGAUGCGUAGAUGGAAAUAUUCGGCAGUUUGAAAUGCGCAACCCACCAAGGAAUUUAGAGUACCAUGUGUCGGAGCAGAAAAAUGGCAUUGUGUUCAAAGGACACACUGGAAGUGUAACAAAACUAUCGGUUUCUGCUAAUUGUAUUACACUUGUUUCUGCAAGUGCUGAUGGAAAUGUCAAUUUGUGGGAUAUACCGAGCCAACAAAUCACGAGGACAUUUACUUUGAAGGGACCAGCCGUUACUGCGAUGUUGACUCCAGCGUAUCCUAAUUAUCAUCUUGAUAAAUUGAAACCUAGAAUACUUGUACGUUCGUUCCAAAAUACGACUGGCAGUCAUAAGGGUGACAACGUUUUAGAAAUUUUAAAUGAAGUUUCUGUAUCUGAACUUCUGAAUCCUGAGUGUUACCUAAAAAGUAAUAGAUCUGUUGAUAGGGAUGACGACGCUAAGGCUAAAUUGAUGGAAUCUAUUGCUGAGAACAAACGAUUAAUCAAAAUCAACGCUGAUUUGAAAAAUGACUCUUCUGUCACCAGAAAUUUUGUUGUGUCAUCGUAG